AUGUCGAUUCUUCGAGAUCUUUAUCUCACUGGGCUCAGCUCCGUGUUGCAGUAUAUCAUUCCAACGGUAGUCCUCGUUACAACACAAAAGAGAUCGAUUUUUCGAUAUCUCACUAUCCCAUUGAUGAUAUGGAUCCUCAGCUGCAAUGUGCGCCCAAUGGACCCAUACUGUCAGUUGUUUGUCUUUAUCACGGGUCAACUAUUCAUGUCUAUUCCUCAAGCCACCACCAAUUUGUUGAUCAACCCUCUUGAUGCGGAUGAUCUCAUUCGCGAAGCACCGGAUCAAACAAAGACGUUCGCUGGACUGCUUUAUUACGCGUGCCGGCAGCAAUGUCAACCCCGUGCUAUAGGAACUCCUCGACAGGUGAAAGGCAUUAAGCCGCACCCAGCAUAUUAUCGUGAUACCAAAACAGGUACCAUGAUAGUGUCUCGAGGAUCGUUUAUAUUGCGACAAUCUGUUAUUUUAAUAUGGCAAUAUGCUGUGCUUGACAUGGUUGAAUUCGCUGCCCAUGCGCAACCGAUGAAACCAACGCCUCAUCAGACAUUUUCGGACCUUGAGUGGAAUGUAUCUUUUGAGGUGUGGAUUGAACGUGCCAUUUCGAAUCUGGUAUCUUGGUUUUUGAUCGCUCGUAUUCUCAUCGAUCACCGAUACCGCUUGGCAUCGAUUAUAUCUAUUGGGCUGGGUUUAGGCACUCCAGAAGAUUGGCCACCAUUGUUUACAAGGAUGUCUGAUGCUUAUACGUUGCGGAGAUUCUGGGGAACCUUUUGGCAUCAGUUCCUUCGGCAGCCACUUACGGCAUUCAGCAAUUUGAUCGCACGCGACAUACUGCAUCUUCCAAGGCCCUCAGUACUGGAGAGAUAUACGAACAUAUUUCUUGUCUUCCUUGGAUCAGCUAUACUCCAUCGGACAAUUGAUAUAGUCCUGGGAAUCCCCACUCAAUACUCCGGGGCCAUGCCAUUCUUUACGACCUUUGCUUUGGCAUACAUGAUAGAAGAUGGUGUGCAGGCACUCUACAAAUGCAUUAAAGGAUUCGAGGAGAAGGAUAAUACGGGACUGAAUUGGAAGCACAUUGUUGGUUACUUGUGGGUUGCCACAUGGCUAGGAGUGUCGUCAACUUGGUACAUGUACCCGGCUUCGCAACGCACUCCCCCACACGCAUUGAAAAUGGUUCCAUUUGCAGUCUCCGAACGUAUUGGAAUUGCACCUGUUGCAGGAUUUGCUGUCAUUGGCGGACUUGGUUUGCUAUUUGGAUUUAAGAUUGAGUUGUAA